UCGUCCUCUCUUCAACAACCCAGUGACUUCCAUGUAAGUACCACGGCCAUGCAUACUCGUAUCGUUGAGCUAUCACAGCCCAUCCCUUCCUCCGGCUGGCUCCCAGUCAUCGUCUACCUCAGCGGUCACUCCUAACCAUGCCUCGUUUCCUUCAGGCCCCUCACUGCCCACCGCAAAGCCUCUCACCACCACUUCAUCCUCCUCGACCCUUGCCGGACCCUCAACUGCCAUUCAGCCUCCAGUCAUGAGUGCGGAAGUCGAGGACGCUAUGGAUGAUCUUCAGGAGCAGUUAGAGAAACAGAUGGAGAAGGAAGAUGACCCUGUAAACAUGGAUGACGUGGAAGCGACUAUCGAGCUUUGGCAACAGAGAUACAACAAACUUGUCGAGGACAAGUACAGGCAGCUCACGAAACAGCUUCGCGCCGGCGCAGGCAUGCUCUUGAAUUUUGCAAAGAAAUUCACAUUCACCAUACCCAAAGUCUCCGCCCAUCCCGACAAGGCAGCCUAUCUAGCUGCCAUCGAAGAUCGUAUCGUGAAGGUGACCUACAACAACGGCCGUGGAUAUCACCAAGAUCUCAAAUUGAUCAAAAGACGGGUCACCGACUUUUCUGAAAGGUUCCUGGCCGACAAAUCCCUGGACCAACUCGCUGCGAUACACGGUAUCCCUGCUGCCCAUGUAACUCCACUGUACCUCGAGAGAUGCGGUCUGGCCAAUCGAAAACCCAGCAACGAGCGUGCAGUCAUAUAUAUCAAGUUGAUAGAGGGGAGCAGGGAGCAGUUGACCAAGCUGCGAAACUCGGUACGCGAAGACAACCGGAAAUUCACCACUCGUUUCUUCGACUUUCUUCACGAGCCCCUAGAGCCAUGGAUGGAGGCUCUCCAGUUUCCAGAGAAGAAUCCAGACACUCCAUUUCUCUAUCACAUCGGACGUUACUCAUCUGGAAAGUUGAGGCGGAUGCAUUGGGAGCAGGUAGGCUGCAAAGAAUACGAUGCGUCGCGUGGAGAACGGCCAUGGGUUGAAGCAGUAGUCCACGGAGGUGGUUCACGAAAAAUCAUCUACUACGUCCUCUCUUGCCAUGAUGACAAGUAUGGUAUUGAAUGGAGCGACAGUAUGAUGUUUGACGAGAUGUUGUGGUCAGCCGUUUUCAUUGGCCCUGGCCUGACCAAUGUGGCAUGGCCUGGUACCGACGGCCCGGCCCCUCCGGCGACUCUUGGUGGGGAACUACCAGCCGGCCCCUUCGACAAGGCCCAUCGAGACUCAACCGACGGAUUCUGGCAGUCCUUGACGAGACAGAGGGCAAAAGACAAGCAUGGAAUCGAAAUCGAUGCAGUGACAGCCACCUGCCUCAUGGCGCUCAGGUGGAAACCCGCUGUCAAUCCCAUAACCUUUGUUCGGACUUUCAAAAGCAAUCGGAUCAGGAUCUCAAUCAUCUUGGGCCUGGAUCAGCCUUUCCAGCUCCAGGUUACCCAUCGAAACAUCCCCAAGAGAUCUCCCAUUUACAUGACCCUCUAUCGACUCAUGGUCUGUUACGUCGACGAACGCUUGCUUUGUCUCAGACCCGCCGGAUUGACCCUCGAUGAUAAGCAAGUCCCCAGAUCACCCGUCGACCUUCACUUCGAUACCACGAUCAGCGACGUAGGAUACGCUACUCGAUUCACUCGAUCACCCACACCACCCGAUGCGCUCUCAGUCUUGAUUAAACGAGCGAGACCCUCAAACCACCAUCCCGACACUGACAUACGAUGGAAUCUUGUUUUUGCGGACGAUCCUUCUCACCAUGUCAUGUUCUCGCAGACAGUCACAACGGCCCAUUACCUCUCGUUCAAGCUACAAAAAGAGGCAUCGAUGAUACUCUGUGGUGACAAGCCGGAACCAAUGUCGAUGGGACAGCUAGAGGCCAUCUCCCUCAUCCCAGUGCCAAAGCGAACCACCGCUCGUGAAGAACCCCACGCCAGUGCGAGCACCGACACGAUCGACAAGGAGGAAACACCGCCUGAACUCGCCGAUCAGUUCUUCGAGAUCGACAAGAGGACAAAUGACAUCAAAAAGACUGUGGAAGACAGAAUGGGAGCAAGAUUGCCAGCGCCCUUGUUGACUGUGGACGAUGUGGAGGCGGAAGCAAAGGUUUACAUUGAUCUGACGAUGGAGGAAAUUCGUUGGAGGAAGAAAAGAUACGAGCUCGAGAAUCAGUACAGAGACCGAUAUAUCAUUCCAGACAGAGACUACGUCUAGGGAUCGAGGCGCCGGUUUGAUAUACCCCUAAUGAAAUGUGCAGAAACCCCUUUGAAGUGACUCCUUCAGCGUAUGCCAAAAAUGUAUAUAACAGUCACGGACAGAUCAUAGAAGGAUCCGAGGCGGAGGUCACACAUCAACCCAGCAACUUCUCCUUUCUCCUGUGUAACUGUUCAGGUCGACUUUCAACAUCUGCGCAUACGCUUCCCCUCCCACGCAUCUUCAUCACCGAUCCCUCCAUGUAUGUGUUCCCGUAUGUAUUCAUGACCAUGAAUCAUUCGCGUUCACCGCUGCCACAUUUUGAUAACGCCGAUCGGGAAUAAAAAUUAUACCACUCAAAUUUCGCAUUUCGCAC